CUGUGUUUACAUACAUCACCUUCACACUCUUUUCCCUAUUCCUCUUCUCUCGCUCACCCAUAGUAUCUUCAUACCCGUCUUACUUUUCCUCACUGUUUUCACCUACCCACUUCCUUCCAGAUACGUUCAUAUACCACGACUGGCACACCUGUUAUCUUCUCUCCCUCCCCAGAAAGAAAAAAAAAAAAACUCCCGAAUAAUCACAUUAUCGUAUCGACAAAAUUCGCCUCAGGCAUCUAUCCAUCCGUUCGUUACAAUAACGCGAGUUUUUUCUAUUUUUCCUUUUUCCUUUUUUUUUUUUAAAGAAAAGGCACAGACAAUUCACGCAGGCAUAAUGUCUUCAUCAUCUUCGUCCAACACAAACAACGAGUCUACCCUCCUCGUCCCGAACCCCACCCCUACUUCGACGAGCAGGAGAGGGUCCAUUCCAAGAAAUACCCCCGCCUGGACCGGUGUCGGUGACGCCUCUGGCUCCGGAAAUCCCGAAGAUCCGGCUAGUUCCCUGAGGAAGGAAAUGAACCUCGUUGCUGAAGCUGCGAAGAGGGCCUCUGUGGCUAUCGUGGUCAGGGAUAUGCAGGAGUUUUCCGUCUGAUAUUUCUCCCUCGAUGAUCGGGGGGGAUUGGGUUGGGUGUGGACGGAGUUUUUUUUCUUCUUUUUUUUCACCCUUGCCAUCGGGAAAUGGUCGUUGAGCAAUUGGGGGACUACUUUCACAUGCUUAGUGGAUGCCCGGUUCCUGCUGUUCGCAUCUUGGGCAUGGGCUGGAUUUUGUCUGGAUCGGAAGCAGAACCUUGGUUAGACUGGAUUGUGUGUUUUUGGUUGAUGGUGCUGAUUAUUUAUCUUAUGGUUGAUCAUUUCCGAUCUUUCUUCCUUACCUGGUCUUUGGCACCUCACGUUUUAAUUGAGGUCGAAGUUUUUUUUUUUUUUCGCUUGGAGGAGCGCUUUGGAGUACGAUAUGGCUUUAUAAAGCUACCUCUCCAUCUCGGGAUGUUUUUUCGACCUCUUCCCUCUUCGUCUUUUGUUAUUUGAGUUGUCUCGUCUCAUCUCCUUUGUUUGGCCUGCUUUUGUUCUUGGGGAAUUGGUAAAACGGGUAUGGGGGUAUAAAUAGAUCGGUGGGCAUUAUAUUACGCAGUGGUGCUGGGUUGAAAGUACUCUUCUCUGUCCAUUUUUUUCCUUCUAACAAUCUCCUUAGUUAUCCUCAUUUCCUCACUAUCUUCCACAUAAUAAUCUAACGGUCUCAUUCAA